UCCGUUUUUCUGAAAAACGGUAAGAGACCGCCAGGAAACAAGUUCAGAUUCGUAAUCUACGACCUCAAAAUAGGGUGUAUACCAAUUUUGGUGAAAAUCGGACAAUUUCCACUUUUCCCAAUAAUUACCAUAUAAAAACAAUGAGUAUUCAAAGUACAUAACAAAACCAAUGUACUAAAAAAUAAGUUUUCUAUGUAUUACCGUAUUUUCUCAGCAAAAAAGAUGCGUUUUCAAGAUAUACUGAAUUAUAAGCUAAUAUAUAUUUUAUUAAUUGCAAAUAUACAUGCUUUAUCUCCAGAUCCUAAGUUAUUUAAUGUAUGGGGCCCAGGUUUGCAUCCUCAGGAUGUUAUUAUGCCUGCCAGGUAUUUUUUUAUUCAAGCAGUAGACAGUAAUAACAACAGUAUAAAUCACAGUCUUAGCUCUCCACUACAAGUUGUAAUUGAUGGAGCUACUGCUAAAAAAACUCCCUGUAGAAUAUGGACUAAUAUUUUAGAUAGAAAAGAUGGUGUAUAUAUUGUAAGAUAUAAAGUUUACGAACAAUGUUCCUAUAUAAAAAUUAGUAUUGUAUAUGAAAAUGAACAAGUUGCACAGUCUCCAUAUAUAAUUAACCAACCUAUUUACCCAGAUAAUUGUUACUGUCCCAAACUAAAACUUAAAGAAUUGUUAAAAGUUUGGAAUUCUGAAAAAGUUCCUGCCCAAAUAAAAAAAGACUUCAAUCAAUUUCAAACUAUAGACUGGGAUGAAAUGAGACCAAAAAUUAUAAAAGAAUUUGAUAAACCACAAUCAGUUAGUUUGUGCCAUUAUAUUAUUAAGGAUAAUCAAAUUUACCGAAAGUGUUAUGGGAAAUAUGUUGGAUUUAAUAUGUUUUCGGACAGUAUUUUGUUGUCCCUUGCUAGAAAGGCUUUUCUUCCAGAUUUAGAGUUUUUCGUAAACUUAGGAGAUUGGCCUUUAUCUUCAAAAAACUUGCCUGAUAAAUUUCCUAUAUUCUCUUGGUGUGGGAGCAAAGAUACUAAUGAUAUUGUGAUGCCAACUUAUGAACUUACUGAGUCAUCUUUAGAAAACAUGGGAAGGGUAAUGUUGGAUAUGCUCUCAGUACAAGGAAAUGUAAAAGACGUAUGGGAAAAACGAGAACCUAAGUUAUUCUGGAGGGGUAGGGAUUCAAAUAGAUACCGCCUAGAUCUUAUUGGAUUAUCCAAAAAAUAUCCAGAAUUAUUCAAUGUAUCUCUGACAAAUUUCUUUUUCUUUAAAGACGAAGAAGAUGAAUACGGACCCAAGUCUGAUCAUGUAUCAUUUUUUACAUUUUUUGAUUACAAAUAUCAACUCUCAAUUGAUGGUACAGUUGCAGCUUACAGAAUGCCUUUCUUACUAGGAGGUGGUUCAUUAGUUUACAAGCCCCAUUCAAGAUAUUAUGAGCAUUUCUAUGCAGGUUUGAUACCCAGUGUCCAUUAUAUUCCUGUGGAAACCAACCUAUCAAAUCUAAUAGAAAAAAUCGAAUGGGCUAAAAAUAAUGAUGCUCAGUCCAAAAUAAUUGCAGAAAAUGGUCAGAAAUAUGCCAAUGACCAGUUACUGCCACAGAAUGUCUUUCUGUAUUACAUGCAUUUAUUAAACGAACUAAGCAAAGUGAUGACCAGCAAAGUUAGACUGUUUAAUGGUAUGGAACAAAUUCACCAAAAGAAUGAUAUUAUUUGUGAUUGUUUAACGAAUGAUAAUGAUGUUAAGGAUGAACUUUAAUGUACUGUGAUUGAGUUUUUAGUUACUUUUACCUAUAUAUUCAUUUUGUGAUAAUUAAGAGUAUACAGAAUCUCCAAAAUAUAUACAAUUCUCAAUUA